AUGUUACCAUCUUCGCCUCCAACAGAAGGUUCUACUUUUUUUAAUAACCAGACAAUCCAUGGUGCAACAUAUAAUGGCCAUAAUAUUAAUGAUCGUGAAACUGGAAGUUCUUUAGCAAAUGGAGCAUUGCAUGAAGAAAAUACUUCAUCUUUCACUGCUGCAUCAAAUGCAGACAACACCGUGUUAUCUGAGUCAUCUUCAAUUGAAGCACGGAUUGUAUCUGCAGAUGUUGCAGUGAAAGAGAUCCAAGCUGAUAAAAAAGAAGCACGUCAUGUCAUUGCUACAUAUGGUAUUAAUCCUGAUGCAUUGCUACAUAUGGUCGAACGUUGGACACAAACAAUGCUCGAAGAAUUCAAGUCAGCUAAAUACCAUUUCAAACAUCCUCUACGACAAAAAUGGGAGAAGCAGGAAUUUAAAAUGAAUGCUGAAACUAUCAAUCGCAAGAGAAUACUCUAUCAACAUUUUAAAGCUUUACAACAAUAUACACAAACUUAUCUUUCCAAGAAAUCUUUUGAAGAUUUAAAAGAAUUUGUCUCAAAAGUUGAUCAGAACGCGAAUGUUAACGAAUUAAAAGAGAAAGUGAAUAAUUUAAUCGACACAUUUUUCAAAAUUAUUGAAUCACUCGAAUUCAUUGAACAAUACGACAACGUAGAAGAUGGAAGCAGUUUUUUUGAAACAAAAAAAGUCUUACAGCGAUUGCAAGUAUUAAAUAAUAAGCAGUCUCAUAGGAUUUGUAUCAUUGGAUUAGAAAAAUGUGGCAAAUCAACAUAUAUUAAUGCGCUUAUUGGUUUCGAACUUUUGCCAACAGCUAGUGAACGUUGUACUCAAAUUCGUACGGUACUUAAGCCAUUGUUGCAAGAAAAUAGGUCAUUAUUUGCAACUGUGGAAUAUUAUAGUGAUAGUGAUUUUGAAGGUUUAAUAGCAAAAAUGGUGAAAAGAAUCGAUGAACAAGAUCAACAGUACCAAUCACGCAAAGCCAAGAUAAGAAAAACACGUCAACAAUUGAUCUCAAAAUUUCCAGAAAGAGAAGAAAACUUAAAAUUGUCUGGUAAUUAUGGCAAUGCAGAUGAUGAACGUAAAUCGAUUAUCAAAAAAUUGCAUGAGUACAUCAUUGAUGAACUAUAUGUCAAUAUUAUCAAAGAAAUUUCAAUUUACACAGAUAAAUUACCAGGUAUGUAG